AUGGCACCCACUCCCUUCGCCAAGCAGAUGGAGCAAGCUGCUAAGAAGGAUACAAAAGCCGCCGCUCCAGCUCCUAAUGCUAAGGCCAACCUACUCGCUUCUGCUUUCGUGACCGCGCCUGGUCCCAAGAAAGCCAUGAAAGAGUCCGAGAACAAGAUGGGCGAUGUGGCCAAAAUCUACGAGCUCUCCCAUGCCGACCGCAGGGUACUGGCGACGGGGCCAAAGGUGCAAAUCGUCGACAGCAAGAACGCACCAGUAGCCGAGAUGCCUAUCGCACUCUUUCGCGCAGUCUCCAUCAAGAAGGAGAUGGUAGCUGGCUCCGAUCCAGUGAUCAAGCUGCCUGCCGAACUUGAAGUCAAGAUGGUCCAGGAUCUGAUCACGCACUUCAACGAAAUCACCACGUUUAAGAAGUUCGCAAAGGAGAUUCACCCCUACAAAGCCCCGGGCGCGUACGAGGACCUUCAGCUAUGCAGCGCCGCAGACUACCUCGGCAUGAUGGCGUACACCCAACGAAUCUUCAACCGGUACUGGGCCCUCAUCCGCGCGGAGCGUCUGCCAGAAUAUUCGGACAUCGAUGCCUUCUCCACUGUCCAGACACCGAUCGGCGAGAAUCUCUUCCGCAAAGUUGUCACCAAGCUCGCUCAGGCCGAGCUUGACGGCAAGAUCCCCGACCCAGAGGACUACGCCUCCUACCUCGUGCACAACGAGCGUUUCGGACUUGCUGUGACUGCGGCAAAGGAGAAGAUGCAGAAGCAUCAAGACUACGUUGAGCGCACGGCCAAGCGGGAAGCGAACGCGAAACAGAAAACCGAUGCUGACCAGAUGUGGUCGCAGCAGCGGAAGCUGAAUGAGAAAGAGAAGGCGGAGAAGGACAAGGCGAAGUGGGAGGCGGCUCGGAAGACGGAGGCGGAGUUGGCGGCUCGUGUCCAGGCGAAAUGGGUGCAGCCGGGGAAGAAGCAUUGGACUGCGGAGGAGGCGGGGUAUCUGCGUCGUGUUCGUGGGAUUAACGUGGCUAUCUAG